GUUCCGGACUCACACCCCACGGCCAUGUCCUGCUACGACCUCUGUGCCCCCACGUCCUGCGGUCCCACCCCGCUGGCCAACAGCUGCAACGAGCCCUGUGUGCGCCAGUGCCAGGACUCCACCUACGUGAUCCAGCCCUCGCCCGUGGUGGUCACCCUGCCCGGGCCCAUCCUCAGCUCCUUCCCCCAAAACACCGCCGUGGGAUCCUCGGCAUCCGCGGCCGUCGGGGAUGCUCUGAGCGCCGGGGGUGUCCCCAUCUCCUCCGGCAGCUCCUCGGGGCUCGGCACUUUGGGGUACUCCGGUUUGGGAGGGAUUUAUGGAAGGUCCUACCGGCGCUCCAACCGCUGCGGGCCCUGA